CAAGACGGAUGUGGCAAAGUCCGGCCAUGCUGCACCCCGCAGUCGAUCCUUCGUAUCAAUCGUUGCUCAAAAUUUAAGCUUAAGGAAAGGCCAGUGCUUAGCACCUUACAGAGUCUCGGUAACAAUCAUGCACUUGUCUUUGAACUCCACUCGAAGUCAGCUUUCAGUCAAUCCGGAUAACUUCUUAACUCCAUCCGCGCACGGUUGGUGUAUCUUCUUUUAUCUGUGCCAUUCGCCCUUAGCAGGACGGUCUUGGAGGCCUGGAUCUUGAUUUUGAUAUACUUUUUUUUUGCAAACCGGUCACUCCUUUGAUCGUGUCUACCUCUACUAUCUCGAGGUACCACAUAGCCCUGGUGGCCAUUUUCACUAGUAAUCAUAAUGUCCGCCAUGCAAUUGUAUUUCAGUUUUCUUCUUGUUAGCUCGAGACUCAGCUAUCAUGUUGUGGCCCAGUCACAAAAUGUUCAGUUCGGUCAGGUAUCCAAUCUGAAUGGUGAUAUGCAAUUGAAUAGCCUCACAUUUCCCGACAACUCCAAAAUCGAAACAUUCUCUCAAACACAACGUCAAAUCCUCGUGAACCAAAAUCCGGCUCCGGUUCCGGCCAGCCAUGUUAUGGGAUCGACAGGUCAACCUUUCAUUCAAUUAUCACAGAACUCCAUGACUAUUUCUACCAAUGGAGCAACGGAUCUUGUAGGCGCGCAGAUUGAGAUGCCUAUAAAUCAAGCAAUGCUUCAACAAAAUAAUAUCACACCUGACAAUACGUUCGUUGCAAUGCUUUCCACAAACAGACAAGCCUGGAUCAUUAUGGAAGGGCAAAAGAGUGUCAAUACUACCGACAAUACUGUCCGCAUGGUCAAGCUCAACAGUAUUGACGGAGAGUAUAUGGCUGUGGGCAGGCAAACGGUUGAGACAUCAAAUGUGCUAACUCCAUUUGGUGGGUCCCAGCAGCAAGCUGUCAAUAUUACUGGAUCUGGGAUCCAGGAACUCGAAUUCCAAGAUGGCUUUCGCAUGUCUAUAAUGGCGAGCAAGCCAAUGACUGUGAAUACGGAUGUUGUAAACGGUGUCAGCACAUCCAUGUUAACAGGAGGUGCUAUGUCAGUCAAUAAUUAUAGAUAUCUUGUCACCACUAAUCUGGCUGGUGUCGUUCCUAAUCUCAACCAAAUGAUGGCUGUCGUCCAGGUGCCAUUGAACGCCGUCCGUCUAAUGACAAUGGCACAGAGCAUGGGUAUUGGACCAAAUGAUACGGUUAGCCUUGGCAUCUCACAACGGGGGGUAAUUCAGAACCCCGGAGGUGCUACCGGAGGAAGCCUGUCACCUCAAAAGAGAAAAGCUUCUUCGUCCUCGUCGAAAGUCGCAGCUGCCUCUACCAAGAGUGCCAAAGCUUCAAAAACCUCAAGCGCCGAAGCUACGGAGACAAGCGCUGAUUCAGCAGAUACGAUGGACACUGGGACUACCUCGAAUUCGACAGAUACUGCAUCUGCUGCAGAUACCGCCCCUACAGAUUCUGCCUCUGCCUCUGCUGAUACUGGAGCCUCAGCGGCAUCGAGCGCAAAUUCAUCUUCUGCAACUGCUGAUGCUUCCUCAGCUUCUACAAGUGCCGCCACCACUCAAGCACCCGCAUCUAGCCAACAACCAGCUAACACCAGUCCUCAAAACGCAGCCGCAACUCAACUACUGCUCUCGCCCACUUUCACCCCAAUCACACAGCGCACAGUUCUUGAUAUGACCAAUAGUCGAGUCGCAGUAACCGUGAGCCAAUUGGAUGGAGAGUUCAUCGUCACAAUGGCGAAGGCGGGUGCCCAGAACCAAGUUCAAGCCCGUCCUGGAGACAUAUCUCCUAGCGGUCAAACUUCUCAGAAUUACGCUCUGGGAUCAAAUGGAACAUUCCUGACCAAAAGACAAAGUACCCAGGCACAAGGCCAAGGUGGUCUUCUGGUCAGCAUGGCUCAGCUGCAAGCUUUGGUUCAGCAACAAAAGACUGGUGGUAUGCUUCCUGUCACGCAGAUGAUGGACGAAAUGAUGGCGCAGUCUCAAAGUUUGUCCUCGAGCUCAUUCAGGAACAAGAGAACGGGAUCGCUUAGAAUGCCGCAAGCUGUUUGAAUGGAAAUGAGCGAUUGGAAUUCAAUUACAUUUGUGGCGCGAUAGAGAUUCUCAGUUGUUAUCAUAGAUGGCUUGCAGCGUUUUUGUACAUAAUAGGACUCUUACCUACCUAGCUUGGAUGUCACAG